AUGGAGGGUAUCAUUGUUGGUAAUUUAGGUACAGCGGCAAUAAUUGAUAUAGCAGGUUUAGCAAAUGAAGUUUUAUUUUUAGGUGAUCAUUAUCGAUAUUGGGAUUUGCAACAUUGGGUAAACCAGCAAAAGUUAAUGGGUCUCUAA